UUUCAGUGAACUACAGUACACAUAGUCGGAUCGCGGGGAUUGUAGACAGCUUGAAAAAUGAAUAACAAAUACGAUAAAACCACAUUGACCAGUUCUGUAAAUACUCGCCAACAGACAACCAGCGUGUCUCAAUCGACGAGCAGUACCAGCUCCACUUCCUCCACUUCCGGUAGCUACGUUAGUCCGUACAGAUCACACUUUGCACAACUCAGCAAUACCUCGAGCUCAACAAAGUCUACUUCCCAGUACCAGUCGGUGUAUCGCCAUGAAUUUAGCCGCGUCAACCCUUCGUACAAUAUGCUUUUAAACAAACCUUCGACAAUUGUUAGUCCACGACCUGUUCCAUUGGCUCUGGGAAACUCUCACAGUGUCAACAAACCGUCGACACCCCCGGUCUUUGCCCGGCUGUCACCUUUGACCCCCAAUACUACUGUUAGAAAGCCAGUACUGCCACUAAGCGGUAGUGGUAUAACAAACGAUGCCAAACCAUUCGGUGCAUACCCGAGAGCCAUCAAAAGCUCUGUCAGCUCCACCACGGUCGAACGCUACAAUCUACGCACCGGCAAGGGUUACGUACUAAUUUUCCACCACAAACACUUCAAAGACAACAAAGCAUCGAUCCGGGAGGGCAGCGAGAGGGACCUGAAACUUCUGAAGGAGUUCUUCGCCAAAUAUCGCGUGAAGCAGCCAGACAUCUGCGAGGAUUACACCGUCGAGCGGAUGCGGAAAAAGAUGGCGGAAAUUUCGAAAAAGAGUUUCAACUCCUACUCCUGUCUGCUGGUCAUCGUCAUGAGUCACGGAGAGACGAGAGACCGCAUUCAGGCCUUCGAUGCGAUGUACAAUUUAGAAACUGAAAUCGUGGAGCGUGUUCUGAUGAACGAAACUCUGAAGGGCAAACCGAAGGUAUUUUUCAUCCAGGCCUGCAAGGGGAAUGCCCGAAUGGAGACUGAUUUUCUUGAAAGUGCAACCAACAAAAAUGACAUUAUGAAGUGUUACAGUACCUACGAAGGAACGGUUUCAUUCAGGGACACGAAAACGGGCACCUAUUUUAUCCAGGAGCUGUUCAAGCUUAUCGAUAGUCAUGGAGAUAAGCAUCUGAUGGAGUUGAUGGUGCUGCUGAGGAGGCAAUUUUCCGAAGAUCGAAUUCAGCAAGCCCCCACAGAUACGUCGACCCUGACCAAGAAUUUUUUCUUCAGUGAUCUAAAAUAAACCUCUAUGAAUGAAAUAAGCCCAAAU